AUGAGCUUUUCCUGCCCCAGCUGGAGGAUCUUACACCUGAUACUUGCCACCAUUGUAGCAGUGGUCCCUCAAGACUUGAACACACAGGACCUAACUGAUGACAAGAGCCCAGUGCCUUCCUCUGUCUUCUUGCCGGUCAAUUAUGAGGUUCGGGAUGCUGACUACCUUUUCUUAAAGGAAGCAGGGCAGGACUUCAUGAGGAAUUUCAGCAUGCAGAGUCACACGCAGUCCUUUGUUAUUAUGAGAGCAAGCCGCCAGCCGGCUGUCAACGCAAGCUAUGGCCCCAUGUCCACAGAACAGCUUGUGCCUCUGGAUCUGGUCCAGCCUGUGCGACUCUUUAAUGCCCCAGAUGUCUUCACCUUCAACUGGAAGAUCCAGGCCUUUGUGCUGACGCCUCGGGUUUUCUCCACCAAACCUAAAGUGCGUGUGCUCUUCUAUGUGGCGGGCAGGGACUGGGCCAGGGAGGACAGCGCAGUGGAUGAAUUACCAUGUGUGACCGUCUAUGCCUUCUGGCAAACCCAAGAGGUGAGGGGUUCCUGUGCCAUGGGAGGAGAGAGGGGAACAUGCAUGGCUGAACUACUACCUUUGCCUGGUUGGUUUGCUCAGGGUUCCGAAAGCACCAGCAGGGAGAGACAAGACCCAUCAGCAGGGAACCUUGUAGAGCUCUACUACCAAGCACAGCCCAAAGUCAGUGGGAAGUGUAACAUGCUGGAAGGGAGUCGAUGGGGAAGCUCACAACAACAGCAAGCGGAAUAUGUUCCUGUCACUCCCAUGCAGAGGAUUGGCAGCGUCCGUCUCGUGCAGAUCCCUAAAGGAAUGGCCACGCUCUCUCGACUCAAACUUGGCAAUUCCAUUGUCAUACGGACAUCUUCCAAACCACUGAAGAAGAAUGACAUGUCCACCUUCUACAUCCUCAUGGCCAACUCUGUUGAGCUGAAUAACUUCACUCUCAGAGCUACAGUAGAGAAUGGUGUGACCUUUCGCACAGCAACACCGAGUAACUCUUUGCUGUGGGACAUCACACUGGAUACUGGUGCAGAUGGAGCCAUUGCUGUUAUUUGUCAGAAGAAGGCUCCCAUACCUGGGCAAAGACUCAGAGACACUCGUCUGGAGGUGCUUCAGAUGGAUUUUGUGGUUGAUGAACUGAGCGGUCCUAUGGACAGUCGGGUGAUCAUAUGGAAGUUGGAGCUCCCAUCUAAAAAUACUGCCAAGACAGAAGGAGCUAUGACGAUCUACACCACUCAGAAAGACUUUAUAGGCCUGGCCCCUCUCAUAAUGGACACUGAGAUCCUGAACACAGCAGUCCUGACUGGAACGACAAUAAUGGUGCCUGUAAGGAUUGUUGCUGUGGAAGAGGAUGGCAUGGUUACUGAUGUCUCUGAAUACACAGACUGCAGCUCCACUGAUGAAGAUGUUCUCAAGGUGUCAGACAGGUGCGACUACAUUUUUGUUAAUGGCAUGGAGACAAAGGGCAAAGUCAAGAUGGUGGUGAACUUCACCUGCAGCUACCUCAGUGCUCAGCUCGAGCUGAAUGUGUGGAUGCCCCAACUCCCCCUCCAGAUAGAGGUGUCGGACAAAGAGCUGAGCCAAAUCAGAAGUUGGAGGGUGCCGGUAUUCACGUCCAACAGAUCUGGCUGGUCCAGCGAAGUCGAUGAGAAGAAGGGAAGGGGUUGUACAUUGCAGUUUCAACACGCCUUGGUGCGUGUCCUAACCCAUUUUGUGGCCGAUCAAGCAGAUCCUCGGGACCCAAAGGCUUAUUUCCUGGGGUCUGACUGGCAGGUGGAUGUAACAAGACUGGUUCGAUACUUUAUGAUGGUGGAGGACCCUCGUGUGGCAAGGCUAGAGGCAGGGAGGAUUCUAACAGGCCGAGACAUUGGGACCACCGCCAUCCAGGUGUUUUCUCCACUGUCUGACAAAACGUUGGCAAGAACAUUCAUAAAAGUCAUAGAUGAAAAAGUGACUAUCACCGAACUGGGGGUCCAGAUGGUUGCAGGUCUCGCAAUGACCCUGCAGCUCAGCACAGGAAGCAACAGGGCCAUUCUGGCAACCACAACAACACAGGAAGUUCUACAGUUACCCAAACAGGAAGCUACGAUCAGUACAUGGGUGCAGUUCAGCGACGGCAGCCAGACGCCUCUUGACAUUUAUAAUCCAGCCUUUUACCAAGUCAUGGUGACAUCUCUGGAUCAGGGGGUGGUGUCAGUGCGGGGCACACCUCCAUCUGUGGUGGCAGAACGAGAGGGCGAAGGAGCUCUGGUCCGAGUGGAAAUGUCCAUCUGUGAGGUCUGUCAGAAGCCCGGACGUAGAAGCACUGUCGCUGUCGGCAACGGCAGCCUGAAGGUCAAAUUUCAGGAGAAAGGUCGAUGGCUAGACAGCACCACCAAACGUUCGGACAGCAGCACAGUCGAGAAUAAGAACAACAGCGCUGACUUCAGAAACGACGGGGAGGAGAUGGAGAGUGACAGGAAGCCAUCACAGGGUCCUUCGGAGAGAGACACCAGAGACCAGAGCUCUUUGGCAAAGAUCACAACGACGAUCAAAUCGACAGAAUGGACUUUCAUGACCAGUGGCAGCCUCGGCGGUGUGGGGAAACCAAGCAAUUCAGAAAACAGCCCCACCAGUGGGGUCAAUGUCAGUAUGAUGAGCAGCCCUGGUGAUAGCAGCAAAACAUAUGGUUCUGAUAAUAUGAUAUUGGAUAGUGUUCGCUUUACAAGUACUGUGAACGGUCCUGGUAAUCUGGUCAACUCCAACAACUUUCCCACAAAAGUUGGCACACCCGGACAGGAGACGGUGGAGGUGGAGAUUAGUGGAGAGGAAGACAUGUUGGCAAACAGACCUCUUACAGACUUGGAGAUUGGUAUGUAUGCUCUGUUGGGGGUCUUUUGCUUGGCUAUUAUGGUAUUUCUUGUAAACUGUGUAUCAUACGUUGUUAAGUUCAGACAUAAGAAAUCUCCGUCACAUAGCCAGGAGCCCACUGGUCACAGGCAUGAUUGGGUUUGGCUCGGAACGGAUGCUGAGCUGGUAAUGAACGUGCCUGGAAGUCCAAUUCAACAGGACUCUCAGACCGCGACCACUGUAAUAGACAUCGGGCCUGAUAAAACGACUUCACUGUCCAGAAGGCCCAGUUGUCUAGCAUCAGUCACAGACUCUCCCGUUAGCUGUGUGGGUUCCUUCAGGAGCAAAGCAAUGCCAACCCAGUCUCUCCACUCGCCCACCAGCCAGAGGAAGAGAGUCCACUUCACCACAUUUUCCACGCUGGAGCGCCAGCAUGUACCGCAUCUCCCACAGGGGGAGAACGGCCAUGGAAUCCACUGGGUUGGGAAGGAAGACUGUUGUGAGGAGGGACCCCAAGUGCCCACUGAUCAAACCUGAUCAGACCUCACGUUGCAGAAACUGCGGCUUUGAACACCUCAAUGCCUUUGGUGACUCAAACUGUCACACUCAUGGGAUGUUAAAAAAAAAACAAAACACAACCCUCUUAUUACAUGCCAAGGCCUUUUAGCUGAACAAGUACUGUAUGAUACUGUUAAUACCUGUGAGGAAUUCCUAUGAAGAAAUAACAUGCCCUUUACAUAAUGUUAAAAGCCACACAAUUAUAUGUUGCAUGUGGGUUUUCUAUUUUGCACUUGCAAAACAUGUGAGACAUUUAAGAGCGUAUAAAACGGAGAACCUACUUGGACUUCAAAAAUGCAUUAAUAUGGUAAUAAUCACAUUGUGUGUUUUUUUUCUUUUUAAACAAGAUCCUUUUCUUGUAAGUUCAUAUUUCAUUUCAUUCUUUUUUUUACAUUAAACCCACUACAAAUUUGCUACUCGACUUGCUUUUGGGUUGAUUUUCUGCCUAAUAUAUGAUUGGCCUUGAACAUAAUUGUUUAUUUUUGUGUACAUUAUAUGUCUGGUGAGUUUUGUUAAGUGGUUAUAUCACAUGGUAUAGUUUACCGGUACAUUCAUUCAUCAUCAGCAUGAAUGUCAUAUUCAUUUGGGGUCCUUUAUCUUUGUUUAUGGUGGAUUGAUGACGCAAAGUUCAGUGAUUGAACACAAAUAAUGGUGUUUACGUUUGAAUUUAUGUUGAAUUGUUUCUUAAUUUACACAAGGUCAAAAUUGUAUAUGUAUACAUACACCCCCAAAAAUAACGGUUAAAUUUCCGUUAAGACGGGGGCUCUGAAAUGGAUAUAAGUUUUAACCUACUUUAAUCUAAGUCAAACCAAUCAAAUGUCAUCUUUUUAAACAUUAAUACACACAACUACUGUAUGGACCCAACGUGCAUUUAAGAUGACCAUAUUUUAUUAAAUAAACAAGGAGCAAAAUAACUGCCUUCAUACAAAUAAUGCAUACGUUAAAUUUUUUAUGUUUUAUUUCACUAAACAGGACCACAAAAUCAAAUAUUUCACCCAAAUAAAACAAACGUCAAAAUACUUUAAAAUAAAAAAGUCAAACGUUGGUUGUGUAUUACAUAUUUUUCUUCAUUCAGUAAUUAUAUACUGUAUAUUUUGUAAUUGUUGACUAGAACUUUAAGUUCGAUACUUUAGGUAUACAGUUCCUUUGUUUAUAUACAGUAUCUCCGGUGGCUGUAGUGGUUUUACUGAGUACCUUUUAGUGGACAUCAGCAAGCUUUUGGAAUAAUUCCAACUGGAUAUUUGACUACUCUUCUUGGCAGAAUUGUUCAUUUAAAUUAGUUUGUUUCCUGGCACGGACCCUGCUUUAAAAGGAGCCUAUUAUGUUCAUUUUCCGUCCCUUUGUAUUGAGUUGAGGAUAGGUCAUUCCGAAAUAUAAAUGUUAUCCAUUCCAAAACCAGUUUUGAUAUGCAUUUUGUAUGAUUGUCCUUUUUGAGACACCCAAUGUAUCUACUGUAUGCUUUGUGCAGCGCAUCAGUACCAGUUGCACCAAAACAGCAUAGUUCUACCACUGACAUCCUUGGCAGUCAGCACAGUUUUCUUAGGCUUGAAAGCUUUGCCUUGACUGAAUUACAUUUACAACAACAAAUAAACUUAAUUCUAAUUGUCCAUCACUUGAUCAAAUUAAAAUAAUUGUAAUAUUUUAUCUCGGCUAGUGUCUCUCAAAGUCUAGACAGUGUAAUAAUUACAUCCGGACCAGCCUCCAGUCUUUUAUCUUGUCGCUAGGACUACUUGUUCAACUUAUCACACAUCAUUCUUCCAUCACAUGUUCUGACAAACUGACAGGUAAGUCCUAAUGAGACUUGAGUGUAAUGAGUCGUCAUUUAAUGAAGAUGAAGAAACAUUUACGUUUUAGAUCCACACUGGUGGCAUCGCGCCUUGAGUAUGCGUGAUUUACAGAUGUGUUGAUCCCCACUAUGCUGUCAGUGUGCAGCGGGAGAUGACAAUGCGCUGAUGGCUUCUGAAUGCUUUGGGGGCGGGACUCUCAGCAGCUGCUGCUGCUCAGAACAAAAACUGCAGCUCAGUGCGUGCUUUCACUUUUAAGUCCUCAAAUACCAGAACAAGAGUUACCAGAUUUGGUGCUAAUUUUUGAGAAAAUAUGUCAAGAGGGUUGGAAUGGCCAAGUUGGCAACACUGCACCUCUAGCCAAACCACUGAACAUUUAAACCCACACCACUCCGAAUUAAAUGAUUUUACCUGUCCUUAUGUCACUAUGUACAACACAUUGUGUCAUUUUAAUUCAUUACAAGCUUUAACAUUUAUGGUUCUUCAUUUAUGGGUCUUCUUCCAGGCCUUGGAAAUGUGGUGACACUUGAAAAUGUUUGGACUGAUACACUUGGAACGUGUAGUUUGUUUGGAAGGGGCUCCAAAAGACUUUCUGAACUUGUGUAAAUGCAAUUGUCCUUGGAUAAAUGGAUAAACGGUCAGGGUUCUUUGGUCUAAAACAAAAUCACAUGAAACCUGGGGCGUUCGAAAACUGAAGUUUGACCCUGUGUAAAUUAGACAAAAUCCCAAAUUAAUUUGAACCUGUUUGUAAAAAUUAAGAUGCAAGUUUUAUAAUCAUUCCUGCAUGGAAUAAGAUCAACUGUUUUGAAAAUGACUAUGACCUUCAUGCUGCAUAUAAAUCUAGACGCCAACUGCCAUAUUUAUUUUUACAUUUGCAAAAGAAAGAAAUUCCAUAUAUUGUGUAUCACUGGUGUGUACUGUAUAUAUUUUUACAGUUGUGUGUUUCUAAGCAGAUGUUGCUCCGUGCACUGUGAAACAGAAUCCUUGUGACCUUUCAAACAACAUUUCUGUUGCACUACAUCAAUAAACAUAAGGUAGUUACACGGAGUGGAAACAAGAGACAAAAGAAGCCUGAUAAAUUCAUGUUUAUUGAACCUGAAAUAAAUAGUACAUGUUCAAAUG